AUGGCGGCGAGACCCCCACAAAGGCCGGACAUAAAAGCGAAUGGUGGACGGACCAACAAACUCACCCCAGGCAGAGUCUUCUGUUCGUGGAGAGCAUUCUGGGCUUUGAUGGCCGACUCCCGUGCGCACUACCGGGACCGAAAUAAAAAGAAGCUUGCUUGGAGGAGGGUUAGCGAGGUGGUUGGUGUCUCGGUGGAAGUUUGCAAAAAGCGGUGGAAGAAUCUGAGGGACACAUAUGAGGUGCUGAAGAUACUGCCACCACCACACAAGGUGAGACAUCUUGGCCUGAGCUGCCUGCUGCUGCUGCUGCUGCUGCUUCCUCAGCCGGUUCUUCUUCUGUGA